UGCCCACACAGUCCUCCUCUCCUUUUCGUUUGCUCCUUCUCGGAGAACCACCGCGGCGUUAUGUAAAACAGCUCAUCAAAUCUCUGUUGCAACGAUUUCAUCAAUGGCUCUGCUAAGUGCUCUCCGUCGGGCUUGCAUUUGUAAUGCUUUGAUCUUCUUCACUGUCUGUUUCGCCGGCGACAGAUUCGUCAACUUCGAGUUGGAGUACACCUAUGUCACCAAAUCUCCACUCGGUGUUCCUCAGCAGGUUAUUGCAGUAAAUGGGCAAUUUCCAGGUCCUGUUUUGAAUGUUACAACUAAUGACAAUGUUGUGGUUAGUGUGAGGAAUAGGCUGGAUGAAGAUCUUCUGGUUACCUGGCCAGGAAUUCAUAUGUGGCGCUCUUCGUGGCAAGAUGGUGUUCAGGGAACAAAUUGUCCUAUCCACGCGAAGUGGAACUGGACCUAUCAGUUUCAGGUCAAGGACCAGAUUGGAAGCUUUUUCUAUUUUCCUUCUUUGCUAAUGCAGAGAGCAUCUGGUGGCUUUGGUUCUUUUAUUAUCACUAACCGCCCUGUUAUCAGUCUUCCUUUUGGCUUUCCUGAUGGAGAUAUAGUCGUGCUCAUCGGUGACUGGUAUACCAAAAGUCACAAGGCUCUGCGUGAGGACCUUGAUAAUGGUAAAGAAUUGGGGAUGCCAGAUGGGGUACUUAUCAAUGGUAAAGGACCCUACAGAUACAAUUCUUCACUUGUUCCAGAUGGCAUCGAUCAUGAAACAAUUAAUGUCGAUCCAGGCAAAACUUAUCGGGUUCGGGUGCACAAUGUUGGAGCCUCGACUUGUUUGAACUUUAGGAUUCAGAACCAUAAUUUGCUUUUAGCGGAAACAGAGGGAACGUAUACUUCUCAGCAGAAUUAUACUAGCGUAGAUAUCCAUGUUGGGCAAUCCUACACUUUUUUGGUAACAAUGGAUCAGAAUGCAAGUAGCGAUUACUAUGUUGUAGCAAGUCCUAGGCUCGUAAAUCAAUCGCUUUGGGAAAAAGUAACUGGUGUUGCCGUUUUGCACUAUUCAAACUCAAAAGGAAAAGCAAGUGGCCCUCUCCCGGAUCCUCCUAAUGAUGUGUACGACACAUCCUAUGUGAUAAAUCAAGCGUUGUCCAUCAGGCAAAAUGUAUCUGCUAGUGGAGCUCGUCCAAAUCCUCAGGGAUCUUUCCACUAUGGCUCUGUUAAUGUGACUGAUGUUUACAUUCUAAAGAGUGUCCCACCAGUGACCAUUGACAGAAAACGGCGAGCUACAUAUAAUGGGAUAUCCUUUGUUUAUCCCGAUACUCCCGUGAGGCUUUCUGAUAUAUAUCAUGUGCCAGGUGACUACAAACUUGAUUUUCCAAAUAAGCCAAUGAACAGACCACCUAAGAUGGACAAAUCACUUAUCAAUGGUACAUACAAGGGAUUCAUAGAAAUCGUAUUGCAGAACAAUGAUACAGUUGUGCAGAGCUUUCACAUGGAUGGUUAUUCAUUCUUCGUGGUCGGGAUGGGCUAUGGAGAAUGGACAGAGAACAAUAGGGGCUCGUAUAAUAGAUGGGAUGCAAUAUCCCGCUGUACUACUCAGGUUUUUGCUGGAGGCUGGACAGCAAUCUUGAUAUCUCUUGACAAUGUUGGUGUGUGGAACCUUAGAACAGAAAACCUGGACAGAUGGUAUUUAGGGCAAGAAACUUAUAUGAGAAUUAUCAACCCCGAAGAUACUAGCAAUAAAACAGAAAACCCUGUGCCGGAUAAUGUUCUUUACUGUGGUGCCCUUGCCUCAAUGCAGAAGCAACAAAAAACAUCAUCUGCAGAUGUCCAUGGAAGCUUGAACCUAAUGCUAUCAUUGAUGUUGCUACUUGCUGCUAUCAUUUACAAUUUACAUUAACAUUGAAUGUUGUGGAAAUAUGGCCUUUUUUUGGUGAUGUGGGUAGAGGGGGGAGGGGAUGGUUUGAGUCAUUUGAUUUGCUGUUUUGCCUUAAAAAAGUUUUCAUUUGCAUCAUUUACAUAGGAAUGUUGUCUAUUACAAAUUCUCUUUUAGCAUUUAUCAAUGAAUGAUGUAAUUUUAUCUAGUCUAUGAAAGCUCUAUCCUUAAAUGAUA